GCGGGGGCCAGGGAGCAAAAGGCGCCAUCCCUGCGCUGAGGGGCCCUGGGGGCCGGGUCCCGGAGCAUGGCGGACUGGACAGAGACCCUGAGCAUGAGGAGGUGGAGCUGCCGAGGCCGUCUGGCCAGCUGUCAAGUCCUCAUUGCUAGCGCUGCAAAAGCGGCCGCAGCAACUGUAGCCGAGCCGCGCUUGCGGUCUUAGGCGGGAAAAAUGACAGCAUGAGUUCUGCCACUGCCUAGUUUCCUCCCUUUUCUUCUUUUGUGUUUUCCUCUUCCACACAUUCCGUCCUCCUCCUUUCCCAGCCCUGUACUCUUCUUCCCCCUGACCUUUGUGCUCUUUUCGCACUUCGGUCCUCUUCCAUAUAUCCUAUGAACUGCGUUUCCAUCUUUCCUUUAUCAACCUCUGCGCCUCUUUCCUUCUCCCGUCUUUGUCUUUCCUCCAUCCUUUUUUUUUUCAUCCUAUCCCCCCUCCCAACACAAGCUCUCCAUCCUCCUCCGCCCCCCACCCACCCCCACAUCCUGCCUCAUCUGCAUCCUCCUCUCCCACUUUUCUCCGCCCUCGCGCCCAAGCCUCCGCCCAUUAGCCCCCGCCCCCAGCUGCCAGUCCCCAGCAGCUCAGUCCUGCAGUGAGUCCAUAGCAAAGCACCAGGAGCUGAGCACUGCUGGCUGUGCGGGCUAGCAAGUCUCCGAAUGGCUCAGGAGAAAAUGGAGCUGGAUUUUGAGGCUGACACAUCUGAUGGGGGCACCCUGAGACGGGCCAACAGUGCUCCUCUGAUCCAUGUGCUCAGUGACCUUUCACAGGUUUUUGAGCCAUAUCCACUUAGACCUCGGAGGAACAGUGCGACAAUUAUGAGCCAUCAUAGCUUGGAAGAAGGCCUGGAUAUGAUGAACAGAGAAACUUCACAUGAAAGGGACGCUCAAGCAGGAAUGCAGAUAAGCCAGUCGUGGGAUGAAAGUUUGAGCCUGAGUGAUAGUGACUUUGACAAGCAAGAGAAGUUAUAUUCUCCAAAGAGAAUUGACUUUACUCCAGUUUCUCCGGCACCUUCCCCAACCAGGGAAUUUGGAAAGAGUUUGUCACCAUCCUUGGAAAUGUUCGUGAGUAGCGGCGGUAUGCCACCAAGUCCUGUUCUGAAUGCAAGACAUUUUUCAAGGAGGAAUCAGAGUCCAGUCAAGUGCAUCAGACCCAGUGCUCUUGGUCCUCUUAAGAGAAAAGGAGAGAUGGAGACAGAAAGCCAGCCUAAGAGACUCUUCCAAGGCUCUACCAGCAUGCUGCCUACAGAUGCUUCGCAAUUGUCUGAUCUCAGUUCAUGUUCAGAUAUUUUGGAUGGCAGUAGUAUCAGCAGUGGCUUGUCCUCAGACUCACUGGCUACAGGCAGCGCUCCCGCAGAGUCUCCAGUAGCAUGCUCCAAUUCAUGCUCUUCGUUCAUCUUGAUGGAUGAUCUCUCACCCAAGUGACUUAACCAUUUCUGAUUCAGUGUUUUAACUAUUUCCCACAUAAAACAUUCAGUGAGGAAUGCAGAGAACUUUGAUCCGCAGUGGGGAUUAAAGUUCGGCAGAUUGCAGCCAUUCCGAUGCGCCCACUUCUGGGCAUCUCUGUCUUCAAAAGUUCAAUUUGGCAAGCCUAGUCACCCUACUAACAUCUGUUUUGGCUGAUCUCAUUUUGCGUUUGAUGACUAAAUCGCAAUACAGUUUUGAUUGCUCGGAGAAUUUCUUCUCAGUGCCUCAAAGAGCACCUACUUUCAAGCAUUUAAGGGGGCACUGAUGUGUAUCUUCCGUGAUUGUCCUUUCCCUAGCAGUAACAUAACAGAGGUGAUCAGAAAUUCUCUUGCUUGAGAGAUUUAUAAAAAUUACUGUUGACUACAUUCUUUCCCAUCUCUUUAUUUCAUAGCGAUAUUUAAAUUGCUUUGGAUUACAUCAAAUUUUCAUUUCUCUGCAUCAGCUUUAAGUACAUUCUUUUGUUUUCCUUUUCUGUCUGAGCUGCUGAUUUGCCAUUUCUCACAGAGGGGAGGACACCCAUAGUCGCGUCCAUCAACUCCCCUCAUUGCUUUGCUGUUGGGUGUGUGCAGUGAAGACUGGUCUUAGAGUGGAGACUGACAUGGGCUUAAGGGGGCCUGCAGCAGUCACCUCAGCUUCUUAGGACUUGGCCACCACAGUUGCUGUGUGAAUCCCUGAGGAAUCUAUAAAAUAUUGUUGAUAUUUCUAGGUGGUGUUAUCAAGGAGAAGAAAUUCCUGCCUUGACCAGAUGUGUGGAGCAUCUCCAAAUGAACGAGUAGUUAUUUACACAAACCACUGUCCAAACGUAAGCGUCCAGGAAGCUGUCAGUGUCUCGGGUAGUAUGGCGAGGCCUUGGGUGCCAUGCUGUAGGGACGUGUAUCAUAAGGUCUUGUGGCAAGUGGAAGCUUUCUCUGUGUCAGUGCUACCUUCCGUUUGUCUUGGCCGUUUCCUUUUCGUCACUGCGUGUGUUUUGUCACGUGACUGGUGGGUUCUUUGGUUACCGUGUUGUGCUAGAGUCAGAGCCCAGGUCUUGUUCUUGUUUCCUAUAGUGAGCAGCUUAAUAUCUGUAAGGAAGCUUUGAGGUACUGAAAGGGCCAAUGCUCCCGUGCCCUCUGCUUCCACAAGCUUUUUGAGCUCUAAGCAGUAUAUAUGCAGUGUGACGUGACAUAUGCUCUGUCAUUUUUACAAGAGGAAACUCCAACUAAGAUAUUUAAGAAAUCCAAGUGUGAGCUAUUGUGACGUUAUUUAAUAUUUAUUACCCUACGUACAGUAUCCGUGCUGUUAGAUUUCUUUCCAUGUUCAACAUGGUGGGUGACAGUGUUUGGUAUCCACAUUUACCUGCUAGAAUUGUGGUAUUCUAUUUCUAAGUGAGUGGAAAAAGCAAACAGAAAAUGAUUACACUUAAGUCCUUUGAAAUCUAAAAUCCUUAGAGGUGGUUUGAAGGAAUUCCCAGACCAGAAAUUAGUGUGCUUGAUGCAAAACCUCUCUUCUGAUGGUUAGAGAACAUCACUCAGCUUGCAGCGGUCCAUUAGAGAAUCAGAUCUGUUCUUCAGUUUACAUUCUAAUCACCGUCAUAACGGCUGUUAACAGCUUUCCUUCCCAUGUUGCUUUAGCCCGUGAAAAGCUCAUAAUCCUUCAGACCUAACAUCAAUGUGCUGUUCUAAGAAUCGCCCCUUGUGUGCCAUUGUGAAGAAACGUUUCUUGGAUGGCACUUGGUAUAUCCAUUCCGUUAAUGAACCAUAUUCCAAGGCUUUUGCCUUCAUAAUGAUAAGAGAUGGCUUUGUCUUUCAGGACAUUUGUCAUGUUCCCUCUUCUAUCUUACUUCCUUAAAGGGGAACUUUUGAGUUCAAAUUUAGGGUACAAAUUUAGGACUGUUAAGAAAUAACCUUAUGUUAAAAAUUCAGUGGUGAGGUAAAGCUGGAGCAGAGAACUGGAAUUGUCCCAGUGGUUUGAUGAGAUCAAAGAGGCAGGGGCUUCACUUUCCUUUUUUAAGCCAACUCUUUUAUUAAUGAAUUUAAUUCAAUGUUUUCAAUUUUCUCUGUCAAUUUCAUACAUGUAUGUACUUCAUUCUUAUUGCUCUCCCUCCCCACCCUCUCAUCUCACUCCCGCCCGUCAAUCCCCGCGUCUCUCUACAAAUUCCUUUGCCACAUUUUUGUCUUUUCCUUUGUAAACUAAUCUUUUGUUAUUGUUGUCCUCUGUGUUUAAACGAACCAGAAAGCUAAGUUUGUGCAGGGAUUGUUUUGAAAUACUAGACAGGCAAUUCGCAGAGAAACUUUGUUGACAGUACCCCUUUAUUUUUAUAUAAAGUCUAAUAUUUGCAGUGUAGUUAUUGUUAUAAAGUAAAAUUCUUUCUUCCUAUUCUCAUAUUAUAUCAUAUAUUUUAAGCUUCUAUUUGAAAACUAGUACAAGAAAUGAAACCAUAAUAAAAUCCUAUAGAUACUGGUUUUGCUUGACUGACUUAUAAAUCACUGUUUUAUGAUACCUGCUUUUGGAAUAAUAGAAAGUUUUGUGAAAUGUUUACCCAGUGUAUAUCUUAAGAAUGUGAAUUUAAUAAAGCAUAAUACAUGUAUA